UGACAGUAAAGCACGACUGCAAUAUGGCGGCGUCCAUGUAGUCUGAAAUUUGUGUGUAGAUUGUUAUUGAAAUAUUCAGUUAAAUAAUUAAUAUACAAACAGAAUGAAGCUGGUUCCCGUGACUGCUUGCUGCCUCUUUCUGACCCUUGUUGGGGCCAAACAGAAGUAUGUGUCCGUGAAUCUCAACAGCAAAUGGCGAUCCACUCCCAUGAUCUUAGAGGCCAGUGAAUUUCUAGCAGGGGAAGGCAACGACAACUUCUGGGGCUUUGUGAGCAAGGUGGCUGACCUAAGUCCUGAAGAAAUGGCAGAAGAAUCUGAUGAGGCCAUUUAUCGGAUGAUCAACAAGUUUUCAUCUCGAUUUGUGUCCCCGAUGCUUCAGAACUUCCUAAAGAUGUUCCUGUCCUUGCGUUCCUACUCCCCUACCGUAGAAAUGUUCCAGCAGAUGGCACUGGAUGCCGGCCCUCCAGACGGGUGUGCAGCCUUUGUGUAUGUGAACGGGGAGAAGUCAUGUGACCCUGGAGCUGUUCAGGGAUUGGUUACACGAGCAGCAGGAAAAGAUAGCCCAGUUGUGUUCAAGUUUGACCAUGUCUACCCAGCUGGCAAAUCUGUACCAGUCACUGUGAUACUUUACGCUGAACUCGGCACAGACCAUUUUAAGACUUUCCAUGGGCCACUGACACAAAUGGCUAGCGAAGGAAAGAUUGCUUAUGUCUACAGACACUACCUUAAGGAGCGGAGAGGUGACAUGACACGUCUGUCAGGGUAUGGGGUGGAGCUAGCUAUCAAGAGCACAGAGUACAAGGCCAAGGAUGACACCAAAGUGGAAGGUGGGGACACUCAGACUGAGGAGGAAGAUGAUGCAGGGUUAGACGUGGAUGGCUUCAUCUUUUCCACACUACGAGAAAGGCACCCAGACCUGAAGGACAGCUUGAAGAAGUUCAAGGCCUCUCUGACAGACUCCUCCACUGAACUUGCUGCACUCAAAGUCUGGCAACUACAAGACCUGAGUCUACAGGCGGGCCAGAAAGUGGUCUCAGCUGGUGCCAGCAAUGCCCUGCAGGUGUUGAGAGACGUCAGUCAGAACUUCCCAUCCAUGGCCCGCUCUCUCGUCAAGACCAGUGUGGACAGCAACAUGAAGGCUGAGAUCCUGAAAAACCACCAGUGGUUUGAGCAGUACCAUGGAUACGCUGCUGGUGACUCGGCCCUCUACGUGAACGGUAUACCGAUGGAUAUGGAGAUCUAUGACAUCUUCACCCUGCUGGACAUCAUGAAGUCAGAGGCCAAGGUCAUGGAGGGACUGUUUGCUCUGGGAUUCAAUAGUGAGCAGUUGUACAGUCUGCUGCAGAUCGACACCAAGACUGGCAAGCAGGACUUUGCACUGGACAUACGCCACACAGCAGUACAGUUCAUCAACGACCUCGAGACAGAUGCCAAGUACAAGCAGUGGCCCAGCCAAGCCCAGGACAUCCUCAGGCCCACCUACCCAGGCAUGCUGAGACAUGUGGCCAAGAACUUCUUCAACCUGGUUUUCCUUGUGGACCCCCUGGACAAGAACAGUCGAGAGCUGCUCAAGAUGGCUGAGUCGUUCUAUGUGCACAAUGUUCCCGUGCGUAUUGGUCUGGUGUUUGUGCUGGGAGGGGACCGAGACACCUGCGGGCUCGAUGACGCUGGUGUGGCCCUGGCCUACGCCUUUGACUACAUUCGCCAGCAGGACAACGGUCCCAAGGCUCUCACCUUCAUCACGGAUGUGUAUGAUGGUGCAAAGGGCGGGGACAUCACCGUUGACAUGGUAACAAAGGAAUUCAAGUCACAGUUCGCUGAUCAAGACAUAGAGCAGGUGUUUGGCAAGAAUUCAGAGUAUGACUUCAUGAAGCGGGGUGGGGCAGAUUUUCUGGCUCAGGCAGGCCUGCAGGACUUUCCCCAGGUAUUGCUCAACGGCAAACCCCUGAAGAAGAGUGACCUGAACCAGGACAACUUUGAGGAGGGGGUCAUAGCAGAACUCAUGGCUGCCACACCUGACCUGCAGCAGAAUGUAUACCAGGGAAGACUUCAUGAUGGACACAACACCCUGGAGUGGCUGAUGAAGAGGGACAAUGUUCUACCGCGCCUCAACUCUCGAGUCCUCUCCGGGGCCUUUAAAAAACUGGACCUCUCAGAGAGCAUGGAGGAUGGGCUGACUCAGGACUAUGAGAGAUUCCAGUACCUGUCUUCCAGAGACAUGGCAUCAUCCCUGGCCACUGACAUGAAAUACCUGCACAGAUCAGACGAGGAGCAGGUGUACAGUGUUUCCCUGUGGCUAGUCACUGACCUCCAGACUUCAGAGGGACGCAGUCUCGCAUACUCGGCUUUCAAGAGGCUGAAGCACUCCAAUGACAUGCGACUGGGCCUGAUCUUCAACAGUGGAGCUCCAUCUGCAGGCAGAGUGGACCUCAACAAGGCUGUGUACGUGGCAGUGAACACACUCUCCAACACACUGGCCAAGAACUUUGUCACCAAGCUGGUGAAAGAGGAGAACUUUGAGGAGCUGCAGAGUGGGGCCAAGACGCUCAAGGACUUGGAAGUGAAUGGAAUGGACAUGACAGCCUUCUUGGCAGCGUAUGAGAAGCAGACAGGAGACUUCCUGAGAGUCCAGCGCCUGUUCUCUGACCGUGUGCUGGAGUUCACUGGCAGCCAGCGAGGCAUUGUGGCUAAUGGACAGGUGUAUGGCCCACUCCGUGAUGGUGAGGUGUUCAUCACAGAGGAUGUUGAUCUGCUGGAGUUGUUCGUCAAACAGCAAUCUGCCUCUCAACUGAAGACUGAACUGGUCGCCAUGAACCACACUGGCAACAAAGGCAGUGACCUUGUGAUGAAGGUGGCAGGCCUACUGGCUACCAUGGAAACAUCAAAGACAAGGAAGAAGGUUAAGUUUGGUGGUGACCAGCACAGUGUUGUGAAGAUCCCUGCAGACCCCAGUCGCCCGUCGUUCCAGAUUGAGGCUAUAGUGGACCCUGUGUCUACAGCGGCCCAGAAGAUGGCCCCUAUCCUGCUGGUUCUGCAGGAGCUGUACAACCUGGACGUGCGUAUCUACAUGAACUGCAAGGAGAAACUCUCUGAGAUGCCUCUCAAGAGGUACUACCGCUAUGUAUUAGAGGCCGAGCCCAGGUUUACCAGUGACGGACGACUAAUGCCAGGGCCACGGGCGCGGUUCACAGACCUGCCUGACAAGUCAAUCCUGACCCUGGGGAUGGACGCCCCUGAAGGGUGGCUGGUGGAGGCAGUUAGGGCCCAGUAUGACCUUGACAACAUACUGCUGGAAGAGGUCAAAGAGGGGGUGUCAGCUGACUUUGAUCUGGAGUACCUCCUGCUGGAAGGUCACUGUUAUGACGCCAACUCAGGACAGCCUCCAAGAGGGCUACAAAUUGUACUGAAGACCAACAGCUCUGACGUUGUACAGGACACCAUUGUCAUGGCCAACCUGGGUUAUUUCCAACUAAAGGCAAACCCAGGUGCCUGGAAUCUGCAGCUGAGAGAUGGUAGAUCCACAGAACUGUAUGACAUAUCCAGCCAUGACUACACAGACACGCCAGAGGGGUCCAGGAACAUUAUCGUGGCCAUGAAGGACCUGAAGACCAGAACGGUGCGUGUCAAAGUGGCCAAGAGGGCUGGCAAGGAGGAGGAGAAACUACUUGACGACUCUAAGGAGGAGGAGUCUGGGCUCUGGGGAACCAUCUCCAACUCAUUUUCUGGGUCAGACAAGGCAGCAGAUGAUAAAGAUAAAACUCUCAACAUUUUCUCAGUGGCCUCAGGACACUUGUAUGAGAGACUGAUGAGGAUUAUGAUGAUGAGUGUUAUCAAGAACACCAAGCAAAAAGUGAAAUUCUGGUUCUUAAAGAACUAUUUAUCUCCGACUUUCAAGGAGUUUAUUCCCCACUAUGCCAAGGAGUAUGGUUUUGAGUACGAGCUGGUGCAAUACAAGUGGCCACGCUGGCUCAACCAACAGAAGGAGAAGCAGCGCAUCAUGUGGGGCUUCAAGAUCCUCUUUCUAGACGUCCUCUUCCCCCUGGAUGUGAAAAAGAUCAUCUUUGUUGACGCAGAUCAGAUUGUGCGUACAGAUCUUCAAGAGCUCUAUGAUCUGGACCUAGGUGGUGCUCCAUACGGCUACACUCCAUUCUGCAAUGACAGGAAGGAAAUGGAUGGAUUUAGGUUCUGGAAGUCUGGGUAUUGGGCCGGCCAUCUCUCUGGAAGGUCAUAUCAUAUCAGUGCCCUGUACGUUGUUGACCUGAAGCGGUUCCGUCAGAUCGCUGCGGGCGACCGGCUACGAGGUCAGUACCAGGGACUGAGCCAGGACCCAAACUCGCUGUCCAACUUGGACCAGGACCUGCCCAACAACAUGAUCCAUCAGGUGUCCAUCAAGUCCCUGCCCCAGGAGUGGCUCUGGUGUGAGACCUGGUGUAGCGAUGAGUCCAAGCCACAGGCCAAAACUAUUGACUUGUGUAAUAAUCCUAUGACAAAGGAGCCAAAGUUGAAAGCUGCCAUGCGUAUAGUGCCAGAAUGGAAGAAUUAUGAUUAUGAGAUAAAAGUAUUCUGGGAUACCAUUUAUGGCACAAAUACAAGAUCUCAAAUAGAAUAUGAGCCUCCAGAAAUAGAUAGCAAAAAGAAAGAGGCCUGGAGACACAAGAUUGAAUUAUAACAUUUGUCUAAGCAUAGUUAACAUUAUCUCAUUGUUCCAUUUUGUGUUAAAUGUAAAACAGCAAAUGUAUUUAUUAAAUAAUAUUUUUAAAUUUAAAUUAAAUUCUUGAAGCCGAUUCAGCACUGUAUGGUUAUUUCUGAUCUUAUGUACCGGUAAUGGGUUUGUUCUCUUUGUACCACAUCAUUACUCACUGAAGGUGUAUGAACAACUUCAAAGAAUUACUGUUUUGUCUAUGUUUUCAUCAUUUACUGCUAUAUAAUGUUCUUAUUCCUGGCAAGAACUGGUGUAUGAUGUCUCACUGGUCAGUUUAUAUAGACCUCUAUUGUCAUAAUAUUACAAUGGUAUAUUAGAUUCUUUACCUAUGUUAAAUAUCACCUUAAGUUCUUUAGUGGCAAAUUAAUGAAAGUUGGACAUAAAACCUAAUUAUGACUUUAAUAUAAUUGUUAUGGAGUGUAUAUGUUGAUAUGAGAUUGUAAUGGAGUUUAUAUGUUUAUAUGAAAUUGUCAGAAUAAAAAGUGGUAGCAAAAGGCAAAGACCUAUAGAUAACAAUAAUAAUGUUAUCUAUAGGUCUUUGCAAAAGGUGAACGAGGCACUGAUAUAUGGUAGCUCUAUUUAUUUAUUUUUAAAUAUUAAAAACAAAUAUUUUUUCUCAAAUUAGGAGUUUAUAUACAUAGUAUGUAAUUUACUCAAAUUAUAUCAUUCUAUGUUUAUCAAUAAAAAAUACUAAAGCUGACCUUUUUUAUUACGGUAUGAUGCAUUAAUAAAUCAUGUCUAUAUUUAGCACUGAUAAGACUACUAAGUAAUGCCCCAGCACAGACUUAUGCCAAGAGGUCAAAUGUGUUUAUUGAACACAGCAUCUUGUUUCAGUUUUAAAUUAGAAUUUGUUACACCUUGUGAUAUUGUCUACAAAACACAACUUAAUUGUAUUACGAUGAUUAUCUCUAAUAGAUUAUAUGUAUAUAUUUCUGAUAUAUAAACGGCAGUGCCGCUGAUAUGUUAAAUCUUAUAGAAUUUAGAAAAUGCAUAAAGUGUUGAUACAGCAAAUCAUGAAUUUCUUUGAAGCACCUUAUGCUGCUAAUAAUUAGGUCUCCCCUACCGAAACAGCUGAAGUGGCACUUUGUUUGAUUGUUUAUGGGUUGUUUAGUGCAAAUGUUUUAGACAAUAACGACUAAGCAUUGUAUGUGUGUUUCAAAUUCAAUAUUUUGUAUAUAGCUACAUACAUGUUUUAAAUAUGCAUUUGAUCUUUCAGAAAUGCAUAUUUUUGUGAAUAUAAAGUUGGUAAUGCUAAGACAUGAACUAAUAUAAGUGAUUUAUAUGUAGUAUACAGCAGUGAAUUUUGUCAAACUUGUCUUACUGAUGAGCAUUUUAAACAUUAGGCUGUUAUGAAUCCAUUUAUUAGAAUAUUGUAAAACUUACAUGAGCUUAAAUUUGUUGUAAAGACUAUUAUUAUUAAUGUUGCAAUAGUGUUAUACAUGCUAUUAUGUUGAUUUACUGACAUCAUUUUACCAGUUGUUAUAUGUUUUUGUAUAUGCUUGUAAUACACUGUAAUUUCCAUUGGUUUUCUCCACAAAUACCAAAUAAUUUUCUAGAAAUAGCUUACAGCUACCAGACGUUUAAUGUGCAUUGUCAUGAUUCUGCAUUUCUUAUCCAUACACAGUCUUCACCCAUUUUCAUUGUGUACUUUAGCGAUCUAUCUAAAACACUUGACAUCAGCUUAUUGAGGACAUUGUGUCUUCCUUGCCACGUUUGCUCAAAGUACUCUUUCAAUUUGAAUGAUCAUGAUAAGAUAUUGACAAUGCCUUUUUUAAAUAUCAGAUACGUAUAAUGACCCUCACCAAAUGUUCAUAUAGUUACUAAACAAAACUAUAUAUUGUAUUUUCUGUUGUAAAUGCUAAAUUUCAAUACAUUAUUUUGAUAUACAACAUUACAAACUGUUUAGUCGAUGGUGUUUCAUUUUGUUGUUGAGUUUUUACUGCAAUAUGCAAUUAUCAAGCAAAUGAAACGUUCAUUGAAAUGAACUGUCAUGAUUCAUUUAUUUAUCCAGAUAGAGAAGAUUUUGCAUAUCGUUGUUAAACAAUUUUAUGGACCAAUUGUGUUGUAAAAUAGUUGCUACAUUGCAACAUAGAAAAGCCUUGGUGGAAAGCGUUUGUUAAAUGUAUGUCAGGUUUAAACAAACAACAUGCAUAAUUGCUGAGCAAUUUGGUAUGUAAGUGCACAUGAGUAAGUUUUUUGUUUGUUUCAUGAAUUGUAAAUGUUUAGUAUGUUGACAUGAAAGUUGUAUACUAAAGUGUCUAAAGAAACUUACAUUACUAGUGUAAAAUCCUACCUAAUGGGAAAGAAAUAACUGUUUUUGCUUUACAUCAGUAUACACCUUUAGUUAUGUAGUUCAAUUAUGAACUUUGUACAGCGUACAAUAUUUACAUAAUGUAUGCUUAUUUUAUGGUGUACAAAGUGAUAUAUUAUCAGCAAACAAGUUUUUUAUGUUCAGUAUAGCAUAUUUUGAAUUGUGAAUGAAUGAAAUCCUUGUUUGAUUAUGUUGGAAUUAACAAUUGAGAUGAAAAUAAAUUAUUACUGAAACA